CCUAGCAACAAGCAUUAGCGAGUUAGCAACGCAACCUAGCCACGCUCGUGCCCUACGUAGCUAGCUCACCACAGCCAGAGCUUGCGGGUGGGUGGUGAUGAAGAAUUAUCAUCCACUCGAAUGGCACUAUUAUUAAUCUUACAUCGACGCUGAGCAGGCUGCAUUUACUGUUUGGAGGAUUCGUUUAUUGUGCAUUUAGUAGUUAUUCGCAACACUAUUAGGAGGGGCGUAGUGUUUUUUCUUUUUCUCUGCUAAAAAGGACCGAGGCGGCCAAGUCAUUUUGGCGUAAAGAGUCACUUUCUCCUCAAGACAGUUCAUCUGAUGUUGUUCAACACACGAACGUUAUUCCAGGGGUUUUAUGUGUAUGUGUCACAUUGGUGAAUAAGUGCUCCAUCGACGUCAAAGUGACACGAGCAGCUGCGACGGCGCAACCAUGCUGGAGGAGGACAUGGAAGUGGCCAUCAAGGUGGUCGUGGUGGGCAACGGUGCCGUGGGAAAGUCCAGCAUGAUCCAGCGCUACUGCAAGGGUGUCUUCACCAAGGAUUAUAAAAAGACCAUUGGAGUGGACUUCCUCGAAAGGCAGAUCACUGUUAACGACGAAGAUGUUCGCCUUAUGUUGUGGGAUACCGCUGGGCAGGAGGAGUUUGACGCCAUCACUAAGGCGUACUAUCGCGGUGCCCAAGCGUGCGUGCUGGUGUUCUCUACCACAGACAGAAAUUCUUAUCUGGGCAUUGACAAUUGGAAGGAAAAGAUUGAAGCAGAGGUGGGAGAUAUUCCCACAGUCCUUGUGCAGAAUAAAAUUGACCUCCUGGAAGAAACUGUUAUUAAAAAUGAGGAAGCCGAGGGCUUGGCCAAGAGGCUUAAAUUGAGAUUUUACCGAGCUUCGGUAAAAGAAGAUUUAAAUGUCACAGAGGUGUUUAAAUACUUAGCUGAGAAAUAUCUUCAACAACUCAAACAGCAAACAGCAGAGGAGACAGAGGCGGUACACUCAACAAGCAAUAAAAUUGGAGUUUUUAAUACCACAAGUAGUAAUGUGAGCAACCAGAGCUCCAGCAACGGCAGAGAAGUCAUCACACUGCGACCAAACAAACAAAGGACCAAGAAGAGUAAAAAAACAUUCGGCAGCUGCAGCCUCCUCUAGACGAACAGCGUUUUUUUUGUUUUGUUUUGUCAUUUUGUGCUGACCAGUCACAGAAACCAAAGUGCAAAGACUGGUAGUCACUCCGUUAUACCAAUCUCAUGUUUUAUUUCCAUAUAAAAUUUUUCCGCCCAAAUUGAUGGAUGAAUUUCAUCUGUGAAAUCUUGCACAGGGCGGCCCGGUAGUCCAGUGGUUAGCACGUCGGCUUCACAGUGCAGAGGUACCGGGUUCGAUUCCUGCUCCGGCCUCCCUGUGUGGAGUUUGCAUGUUCUCCCUGGGCCUGCGUGGGUUUUCUCCGGGUGCUCCGGUUUCCUCCCACAUUCCAAAAACAUGCGUGGCAGGCUGAUUAAACACUCUAAAUUGUCCCUAGGUGUGAGUGUUAGCGUGGAUGGUUGUUCGUCUCUGUGUGCCCUGUGAUUGGCUGGCAACCAAUUCAGCCCGAAGACAGCUGGGAUAGGCUCCAGCACCCCCCGCGACCCUAGUGAGAAUCAAGCGGUCCGGAAGAUGAAUGAAUGAAUGAAUGAAUGAAAUCUUGCACAAUGUUUUUUUUUGGGGGGGGGGGUUGUGCAGAACAACAAUCAUCAUUUUAUUUUCAUACAAUGCAGAUCUCAUUGCAGGCCAAAAAGGAUAUCCACUUGUCCAGACUUUUGAGAUGCGAAAGAUUUGACAGAUUGAUUUCAUAAUUUUCACCAGGAGGUAGAUAAGCCAUUUACUUGAUACGAGAUGCCUGGUGUGAUACAUGAUUGUCUGCUGUAAUUUCAAGGAACAUUUUCCCAAUGAUAUCAUACAUUGCCUUCAAUAGAAUAAUUUCCAAAUAGUCCUUAUUUCACUGCGCUUGCUCCUACGGAUUUCAGCUACACAUCUUUGUAUGAAUUACAGAGGACAAGCUGAGUGUUGUAUCCCUCUCACUAGUUUACGGUUUAGUUUAUCUGUAAUAAAUUCAGCGGCUGGUUAAAUGUAUUUUUAUACCAAUCAUAAAAGUGUUGAGUGAUAUCUUGAAGUGUUAACGGCUUCCUGUUGCCAAUUAUUCUUAACAAAGCAGAUGUUUGAAUGUAACCUUCAAAUAAUCUAUUGUGCUAACGUAUAACCAAAAAUGAAUAUCAUGUGUGUACUGUACUGUCCACUCAUCAAUUUGUUAAUGAAAUGUGAUCUUUUUGGAAUUUAACAGGAGGCAGACACUCUUGAGUUCCUUAAAUCCCACUCAGCUGUAGGGUGUGGUUGUUUUUAAAUUGCUGGUAUUUACGUCAUCUUUACUUGGUAGAAUUUGAAGUUACUCAUUACAUUGUGAAUCAUCACUGUUGUCCAUCUUACGAAGCAGAUGUCAAGGACAUCAUUUCAAGGUUUUAUGGAAUACAGUAUAUUGUUUGGGUGUUGAACAUCAAGAUGCACAGUUAAAAAUUCGGGGGGGGGGG